AUGAAGAUAAUUAUAAAGAAGCCAUUGAGGCCUCUUUUAAAGUUUUUGCUCCUCAAGGAAUCAUGUUAUUGUGAUGGGGUGUUUGUGUUUGUGCUUGUGCUUGUUAUUGUGAUGGGCAAAUUUGCUGCUACUGUGGGACCUGAACCUACCAAAACGGAUUUGGUUCCAGCAUAUGUUCGGCUACUUAGAGACAAUGAAGUAGAAGUACGUAUUACAGCUGCUGGAAAAGUCACCAAAUUCUCCCGUAUUCUUAGUCCAGAACUUGCAAUUCAGCAUAUUCUUCCAUGUGAGUUGUCUUCAGAUUCUUCUCAGCAUGUUAGAUCUGCUCUGGCCUCUGUUUUUCUCAUCAACACUGAAAAGCAUACCAUGAGCAUAUGCUUCAAAAGUCAACCAACCGCAUAUAUAUGGAAGUGGAAAAGGGGAAUGGACCAGUUUGUCAUGCAAACAAGGGACAUUCUAAUGGAUUUGCAUUCUCUUGUUGAUGUAAAAGUUCCAUAUGGAAAACACUUCAUAGUUUGUGUUGAUGUACAUGGUCAGUUUUUUUAUUUGCUAAACAUCUUUGCACUCAAUGGUCUUCCCUCUGAUGAAAAUCCAUAUUUGUUUAAUGGUGAUUUUGUUGAUCAGUGGUCUUUCUCUGUUGAGCUAUUAAACACUACUAUAGAAGAAGAGGACCCUGUUGUGUUUACGGGCGACACACUGUUUUUUGAGGGGACAGUAGGACAGAUGCAUGAGUCACUGUGUGUGACUUUGGCUUCUUUGCCAAAACCAACGAAAUUUACUGCGAUCUGA